UUUAAAUACAUAUUUUUAACGAUUUACUGUGUUAUUGGUGGCUUUCAUUGAUAUAUAUGCGUAAAGUAGAUCCUGAUACAUAUACGCCGGGGUUAUAGUAAUAAUUGUGUGAAGCCGUCGAAAGUAAACCGGUUUAAAUGAAGAGUGAUCUAAUGUUAUCAGGAUCGGAGAGGCCUCUGAAUCUCAUCCCCGUUAGCUCACAGGGAAAAAAACAAACAACCAAGAAAUCGUCUCCUGCUUCCUUUGGGAGUUCGAGCCCUGUUGGCUCUUUGUCCUCAGAGGAUCAUGACUUCGAUCCAACAGCUGAGAUGUUAAUUCAUGAGUAUGACGAUGAGAGAACUUUGGAGGAGGAAGAGCUUUUGGAGGGAGAGAAGAAUUUCAGUGCAGAAUUGUCAGACCUGGAGAGGGAGCGGAACAUGCCGAUCGAGGAGUUGUUGGCUAUGUAUCGUUAUGAGGCACCAGUCAGUACUGGGGCGGGAUCUAGCAUGGACAGUUCUUCUGUUGAACUAGCUGAUGAUCUGCCUGACAUGACCCUGGAUAAGGAGGAGAUAGCGAAAGAUCUCUUGUCAGGAGAUUAUGAGGAGGAGACCCAGUCCUCUGCCGAUGACCUGACCCCUUCUGUCACCUCCCACGAGGCCACAGACUUCUUCCCUAGAACACUCAGAUCUAACGCAACAUAUGAUGGUGAUAAAGAAUCUGAGGGCGAGGAGGAUGGUGUAAGCAGUGAAGAUUCCAGAAAGGAAAUAAUGGUCGGAUCUCAGUAUCAAGCUGAAGUUCCAGUGGGGCUCAGCCAUUAUAAUGUGGAUGGAAAAGCGUAUGCGGAGGAAGAUCAGCUGCUGUGGUGUCCUGAUGUGCUGUCCGAAUGUAAAGUGAAAGACUACCUCAGAGACGCGCUGUCACAGUCUACAGAUGACAGCACAGAGGAUUCCACAUUUGAACACAUACGAGAUAACGAACAGGCUUUGUUGGAGCUUUUGAAAAGUAAUUACGACACCCGUGAGGCACUGACGCGAUACCGCAGUAAUGUGAAGGCUUCGAAAGAUGAAUCCCCAGCGUGGUCGGAGGAUGAAUGUAGGAACUUUGAACAUGCGCUGCAGAUUUAUGAGAAAAACUUCCAUCUUAUUCAGAAACACAAGGUUCAGACACGCACUGUAGCAGAAUGUGUGGCUUUUUAUUAUAUGUGGAAAAAGUCCGAACGCUUUGAUUACUUUGCUCAACAGAACCGAUUUGGCAAGAAGAAAUAUAGUUGUUACCCUGGGGUGACAGACCUGAUGGACAGGCUGGUGGAUGAGGCGGAGGGUCUGGUGGUGGACAGCUCGUCAUCUGUGUGUUCAGCAGGAGAAGGGGGAAGGAUGGAGGCAUCGGCAGAGCAUCAGCUUGGACUGCUCAACUCCAUCACUGCCAGUGACCUUACAGCCAUUAGUAACAGCGUAGCAACUGUGUGCAAUGGUCCUGGAGACAUAAGCUGUUUGGACUCCCCGUACUUCCCCCCUCUGGAGAGUUUACACAGAGGAGCCCUGAACCAUGAUGAUCAGCUCAGCUACUCCACAAACGGAGACAGCAGCUGCCUCAACAUGCUGGAUUCCGGCUUCUAUCGCUCAGAACUGGGCCAGAUCAACAUGUGCAGCACCAAAGACUGCGAACGGCCCUCUAGGAGGCUCAAGAUGGGCCUUUCGGAACCCUUCAUUAACGACGUGUCCGUUACUAACCUGGGUGUGGAUUUCGAGAGCAGACGCGCACAUCGCAUUACAGGGGCCACAAUGGCGGUUUCAGUCACAGACUUCAGCAGCGUAGGGAGCGGUGAAGCAAACAGUUUUCUCGGCUCUCAUUCACGACACCACCAACACACUGCACUUCAGUCCGACUGACUCCCUUCUGCCAUCCAGACACAUUCAUCCGCUCACUGAAUAUUAGUUCUUUUUUAAAUUAAAUAUAAAAAAAAUCUAUAUAUAUAUAUGAAUAUACUUUUUUGGUAGUUUUUUUUGUUUUUGUAAUAUGACAUCAGUGAUGUCUUUAUUUGUACAGAGCUAAGAAAUCUUGAUUUCUCAAGAGUUUAAAUAGCAUUUAUUUUUCUUGUCCUUCAGAUAUUUAAUAUCCUUUAUGUCUUCAGUCGUAUACAGUUAAACCUAAAUGCUGGAGCAGAGAGCCGUGGUCUCUUACUGUACUCACCCCAACACCUGCAUCUUUGUUGUACGGUCUUAAAGAAGUGGCUGCCACCGAAACUGCAUUUUUCAUUGUUUGUGUUUUAGGGUUUUUCAUGUAUGUUUGUUGCAGAAAUGUGUACUUUUUUCAGUGUUUACACCACCCAAGAUAGACUAAGCCUUGGGAAAUGUAGCAUUUUGUAUGUCAGGAAACUGGCUUUUGUAAUUGAAAUUUGUGAUUUCUUUUGGAGCAAAAUACUUACAAAAAAAAGUUUAAACAAAGAGCACUUCUAGUCGCUGAGAUGUUCCACCCCCCCCCCCCCCU